GCAAAUGACCCCUAACCCCUGACAGCUGCUCCUUCGGCCUCCUACCCUAAGCCCCGUCUUCCCUCACCGAGCUUGACUGAGACUUAGGGCAGCCUGAUCCCUCUGGUUCUUGCCUUCACAGCCCCAGCAGGGCCCCGGGUGUCACGGGGGCAAGGAGUGGGUCCAGCCUAUGAUAAGAGUAGGGGACAGGUUGCCCUCUACUUGCGAGUCUUUCUCCACUGAAAGCAGGGCCAGGCCUGUCCAUUCUCCUUGCUGGAUCCCCUGGACUUGCCCCCACUCCCCCAGGAUCAGACCUGGGGGCAGCUGGUUGGGGUUUGUCCAGAAGAAGGAUUAUCCAGAUCAGUCCCUUCUAAUCUCAGCUCCUGCCUGCACCCUCCCCAUAUUCGCUGUAACCCGCUUCCCCCACUACCCUGAGCUAAGGAACACAACUUGGGGUGUUGACAAUGGGCCAUCUCUCACCCUCAUUCUCUGCCUCCUGGACUGGUUGCUAGGUAGGCCCUGAGGGCCAAGAUCAUUGCCAUGGGUGGGGGCCAGGGCCUGGGGGGCCCCUGGAACUGUGCUUGCUGCUGCUCCUUUGCACCCCUCCCAACCCUGACCCUUAAUCCUCACAGCUUUGCUCUAAUCCCAUGGGGCCUGAUGCUCUGCUCUCUGCCUCGAGAGAGACCGGCUGGGGGAGCACACCCCCCCCCCCGCCGCCAGGGCUCGCUACGGGGGGCUGCUCCUCUGUAUCACCCCGCACUCCUGCUCCCACCCUCCCCCGGGCUGGGCCCAAGUCUCUCUGGAAGCCACACAUCUCCCUCCCUGUCCUCUCCCCCCACCCCUGCCAGCUGAUUUCAUUUGCCUGACGUUAGCCCUACCCUUCCCUGUCAGUGCCCCCCCGCACCCCCCAGCCGGGGCCAGGCCAGGCCAGCUCCUCUGGCAGUAGAGCCGGGGCAGGUGACAGGCGGGCGUCGCAGCUGAGGGAGUGAGGAGGCACCCGGGAAGCGGAGCUGGAAGCCUAGAAGAGGUCCAGUCAGAGCCCAAGAGUAGGAGCCACCCCUCAACCUCGCAGCCAUGGGGGAGAUGGAGCAGCUGCGGCAGGAGGCGGAGCAGCUCAAGAAGCAGAUUGCUGUAACCCCAGGACCCUCCUGCUAGGGGACCCCCGAAAACAUGGAACCGGGGCAUGAAGGACCGUGGCCUGCGGGGAGGGGGCUGGAUUCACCCUUGAGUAACACCUUAGAGACCCCUGACCUGGAAGUGGCCAGAGACUUUCUGAACUUAGACCUCAUAUUUGGGGUGCCCCCCAAACCCUAGAGUCCCAAGCCCACCUACCUCAGAUGACCAUUCACCCCCACACCCCACCUUUACCCUCCUCUGAUGCCUGCUUUCCCCCACAGGAUGCCAGAAAAGCCUGUGCUGACAUUACUCUGGCAGAGCUGGUGUCUGGCCUAGAGGUCGUAGGACGAGUGCAGAUGCGGACCCGGCGAACGUUAAGGGGACACCUGGCCAAGAUAUAUGCUAUGCACUGGGCCACCGACUCCAAGCUGCUGGUAAGUGCCUCGCAAGAUGGGAAGCUGAUCGUGUGGGACACCUACACCACCAAUAAGGUGCACGCCAUCCCGCUGCGCUCCUCCUGGGUCAUGACCUGUGCCUAUGCCCCAUCAGGGAACUUCGUGGCGUGUGGGGGGCUGGACAACAUGUGUUCCAUCUACAGCCUCAAAUCCCGGGAGGGCAACGUCAAGGUCAGCCGGGAGCUCUCUGCUCACACAGGUUAUCUCUCUUGCUGCCGCUUCCUGGAUGACAACAACAUUGUGACCAGCUCUGGGGACACCACGUGCGCUCUGUGGGACAUUGAGACGGGACAGCAGAAGACUGUGUUUGUGGGACACACGGGGGACUGCAUGAGCCUGGCUGUGUCUCCUGACUUCAAACUCUUCAUUUCGGGGGCCUGUGAUGCCAGCGCCAAGCUCUGGGAUGUGCGGGAGGGGACCUGCCGGCAGACUUUCACUGGCCAUGAGUCCGACAUCAACGCUAUCUGCUUCUUCCCCAAUGGAGAGGCCAUCUGCACAGGCUCGGAUGACGCCUCCUGCCGCCUGUUCGACCUGCGGGCGGACCAGGAGCUGACCACAUACUCCCACGAGAGCAUCGUCUGUGGCAUCACAUCCGUGGCCUUCUCCCUCAGUGGCCGCCUGCUCUUUGCGGGUUAUGACGACUUCAACUGCAACGUCUGGGACUCCAUGAAGUGUGAGCGCGUGGGCAUCCUCUCUGGCCACGACAACAGGGUCAGCUGCCUGGGGGUCACAGCUGAUGGGAUGGCUGUGGCCACUGGUUCCUGGGACAGCUUCCUCAAAAUCUGGAACUGAGGAGGCUGGAGGAGGGGGAGGUAAAAGGCCAUGAAGACACUCAGCUGGCCCUGCCCUGCCCAAUUUCUUUAAGAUUUUCUCUUCUAAGACCCCAGCUGCCAUUCCCGCCCAGCUUUCCCCUUUGAGGGCAGUGGGGAGGAUGGGGAGUGUGCCUUUGGGAGGCAGCAUCAGGGACAUGGGCAGGGAACUGCCCCAUCUCCUCCCAUGGCCUCCCCUCUCCAUGGUCCUGACAGCUUCUCCCUUAAUGAGCAAGGAUAAUGCACCCCUAACCCCCGCCCUUGGCAGGCCUACCAGGCUUACUGUCUGAGACCUUAAGCCCUAGGAUCCCUCUCCCAGAGCCACCACCUUUGUCUAGACCCAGGUGGAACAGGGUGCUCGGCCCCGUGACUAUGGCUCUGGCACCACUAGGGUCCUGGCCCCCUUCUUCAUGCUUUCUCCUUUGUCUACCUUCUUUUCUCUCCUAAAGCACUUGCAAUAAAGCGUAGCUGUGA